AAGUGCGAAGAAAAUGAAAAAAAUGCAGAUUGCUUCUAAAGUGACCUAUGAAGACGGUGUGCAGAAUGAUUGGCUGAUACUAAAGAUACUUUAUCUAUGCUAGUAUUGGAAAACCGUUCUAUAAAAGUGGAGCCUCCUCAUUGGUAUAUAUUGGGAAUAUUUUCUGUAGCCAGCCGUAUUUAAAGCAGACUGAGACGCUGACUCAAGACAAAACAGAUAAAGACACUACAAUGCCAAAUAAGUGGCUGUGCUAGACACACUAGUUAUUGGAAGCGUAAGGAGCAGGAUCAAAUACAGAAAGCUGUUGUGAAUUGAGGAAGAAAACUCGUAAGAUUCGAGUUUUAAUUUAAUAUGUGUGAAACAGGCGCUGUAUGGAAUGCUUGCCUGGAGUGAACAAUAAUUAUGUUAUUUCGAUAUAUACAAUUCAUAGAAAGCAAGUCGGGAAUAUUUUCACAAACUUUAAUUGAAAGUUCUAACUAAAGAAAUAUAUUUUUCUUGAACGACACGAAGUAGACUAUGGAUGAUAUGAAAGUGUAAAAAGUGUCAUAUAAAAUUAAGAAUAUAGCAUAUGUGCCUGCUGUUAAACGGUAUUCAAUGUUCAAAAAAGCAAUGCAACUAAAUGAAAGUACGCGGAACGAAAAUGUCAUUCAAAAUGAAGAUAUUUUCAGCGACGGACGGCUUGAUAUGUCGAACGUGGUAAUAAUGACGAUCUUUUUGUUCUGCAUAUUUAUUGUGAGUUUUGUCGGAAACAUUUCCGUGUUUGUGAUAUUCUACAAGCGGCCCGUGCUUUUGACGAUUUCCAAUAGGUUUAUAGUAAAUCUAUCAGUAUGCAACAUCCUUCAGACUGUUGCCUUAAUGCCUUUUGUGUUAACAUCGCUUAUUUCGCAAGAAUGGUUGCUUGGUACUUUUUUGUGCCAAGCCUCGGGUUUUGGGAUGAACCUGAUAUUUACUGCAAGUACAUUUACAUUGGUGCUUAUUGCCUUAGAUCGGUAUUUGGCUGUUGCAAAGCCAUUACAUUACUCGAUGACAAUGACAAGCAGAAGGGCGUCCUAUAUGACAGCUUCAGUUUGGAUUUCGGCCAUUUUGUGUUCACUGCCACCACUUUUAGGAUGGAACAGCUAUGAAUUCCAGCGAUACAAAAUUGCAUGUAUGACGGUUUCAUAUAGCAAACAUCAUAGUGAUCGAUCUUAUAGCCUUUUUCUGGUAACAGUGUGCUUUAUUAUGCCUUCAUGCAUAAUCAUUUGGGCAUAUUGUGCUAUUUUUAAUGCAGCGAAAGUUAGCAGCAAAAAGGUGCGGCGAAAUAGUACAAUAUCAUCUGGACUUAAUGAUUACCCCGAGUUAUCACUAAGAGGGGGUCGUCGCAACAGCUCUGUGCAAAUUUUGAUUCACAUACUAAGUUACAGCAGCAACCCCGCAUCAGUACUCUGGAGACGCGAUGAGCGAAAAGCAGCGGUGACUAGUUUUAUGGUGUUAUUCACAUUUAUUUUAUGUUGGUUGUUGUACUUUAUCAUCAUUAUUCUCGAAUGCCUUUUGAAAGAUCCAGAUCGUAUUGACCCCGUCGUAAAGACGCUGUCAGUGUUACUUGCCCUGUCAAGUUGCGCAAUAAAUCCACUAGUUUAUGUGUUCCGCUGUAAACUUCGGAGAGUCGAACUAAAAAGCAUCUUGGGUUUAAAGCAAAACAGUUUCAAUAGGGAAAUGUGCAAUGUAAACCUAAAUGGGUCAAGAAGACCAAGUUUUAACCCGAACUGCAUCCGACAAUCUCCUUCCAUAUCACGGGAAGGUAGUCAAGAAUCAGACGUCAUUGAAAUUCUUCACCACGUCAAUACAGCCGCGACAUUAACCUCAUUGAUAAUUGCUGAAGAAGAAGAAAAAAUGCCAAUGACAAAAGCAUAAAUGGAUAUUUAUAUAAAGGUUGUAUCAUUACAAGGUCGCCUUGCCUAUAUGUUUUGUUUCUGUUAGUUUUUUAUUUAAAUGUUACUUACAUAAAAUGGUAUAUUUGUUACAUUUAUUUCUUAUUUUGAUAUUUGGUUUGUACUUUAGCUUCUUUGCCUUGAAUUCUAUAAAUAUAGAUUCACUUUAUUAUGAUAUUAAAUUUAUUAUCAGCAGUUAUUAAACAUCAAUGUUGAGAAUUGUAAUGAAAAACAAAAACUGUGAUAAAAACAAUAGCUGCCCCUUGUUAGAUUGUUCUUUCAGUUUACUUAUCUCUUUAUUACAUGCUCCUAUAAGUAUAGUAUCUUUAAACUACGAUCUAUUUACUUGGAACAUGUAAUGACUAGCCUGGUCAAUAUAUUCAUUUUUUUAAAUCGGAAAAGAACUUGUGAUGUUAUUGUAAACUUGUUAGUUUUCCUGAAAAAAGGAAAAUAUUUUGAAUCAACAACUAUUUACAUUAAAUGGAGCAAUGCAUUCAUAGAAAUAAAAUAAAUGUGUGUAUUUCUCCUGAAUCAUGUUUAACUUUUACUUGACAAUGCAUUCGUUUGUAAACAUUUGAUCAUAUUUUCUGCCAAUCAAUUGCCUUCGUGUGUUCACCGAACAAGCUUUAUCACUUGUUUAUAUUUAUCUAUCUAGUUUCAUGUCAUGUUAUUUCAUUUAUGUGUUUGCAUAUGAUCAAAUAAAUACAAGUUAGGGUUUCAAAGAUUAUCAUUUUAUAUGAAAUAAAUAAUUCGUUAAUCGUACUUUCAAAGAAUCUGUU